UUUACACCCACUUCCACUGCUCGGACCUGCAUAUCGAAUACCCUAAGCUCUGAUAACUAUACUAGAGAGGCGCUCCGAUGUCUCUGACGGUUAAUCUGUCCAGCCCGGACAUCGCGAAGGCGUACAACGACGUCGUCAAUUCGCGCGGUAUCGACUGGGCCAUCUUCACGUAUGAUAAAGGUGGGAAUGAUUUGAAGGUGCAGUCAACAGGUGAUGGUGGUCUAGAGGAAUUGGAAGACGAGUUCUCCGAUGGAAAGAUUCAGUAUGCUUUCGUCCGAGUAGUGGACCCGAACAGUCAACUCCCGAAAUUCGUACAGAUCAACUGGUGUGGUGAUGGUGUUCCGGUAGCCAAGAAAGGUCUCUUCCCAACGCACGCCUCCGCAGUAGCUCGCUUCCUACAUGGCACACACUUGGUCAUCAGUGCUCGCAAUGAGGCCGACGUCUCCCCGUCUAUCAUCAUGUCUCGCGUCGAAUCAGCAUCAGGCGCGAAAUAUAGCUUCCAAAACGAAGCACCCCGUAAAGCCGAGCCCAUCGCCCCCGUAGGAACAAACUACGUCCCCAUCGGUCGCCCCGACCUGAACCAACUUCGGUCCGUCCCCCCUCCACCAGCUGCUUCCAAACCCGCCGCCGCAAGUACCGGCUGGAAGCCUUCCACCGCGGCCGCAUCAAAGCCACCCUCUAUCCCAAGUGCGCCGAGGCCUGCGGCUAGUUUCACAGGUGGAGGUGGAACAGGUGCCGCUCGUGGAGGUUCUGCUGCUCGAUCUGAAGGUGUGGGUGCGAGUAAGGCGCCGACUGGUGCGUGGGACGAUGAUGCGCCUCCAACGAGGAUUGCUGCGAGCCAACCACCUCCGCCGCCCCCUGCCGCUGCAAGACCCGUACCUGCGGCUCCAGCGCCAGUGGUUGAGAGUAAGGUGUCUACGAAGCCGGCAGAGGAAGAUAAGAUUGGACCGGUGGGUACCGCGUGGACACCUGUCUCCCUCCCUGCCCCGAAGAAGCUCAAGAACCCGUUCGCCGCAUUCGAACAACAAACUCAGUCAACUCCCCCACCACCUUCGCGCGGUGCCCCCGCUGGCGGUGCCAAGAAACUAACCUGGAGCGAACGUCAAGCGCUCGCGAAGAAGCAGGCAGAGGAAGAAGAGGCAGCGAGUCGGGCUGCGGGAGCUUCGAUCCCUCCUCCUGCAGCUGUCACGCCCUCGUUCAGCGGUGGUGGUGGUUCCUUCAGUGGUGGUGCCGCCAGUAGAAGUGUCCCUCCCCCACCAUCUGCUCCUGCGGCGCCUCCCCCACCCGCUCGUAUCCCCGAGCCGGAGCCAGAGGACGAAGAAUAUGUGCCGCCACCGCCGCCGCCACCACCCCCGGCGGCCAGCAGACCUCCUAUACCGCCUGUAAUGCAACAAGAGGAGGAAGAGCCUGAGCCAGAGUGGGAGGCUCAUCCACCUCCUCCACCUCCUCCUCCACCGCCGCCGCCACCUCCUGUUGCUCAGAUGGCGCAGAUGGCGAUCCACGAACCGGAGCCGGAGCCUGAACCCGAGCCAGUUCAUGCCGCCCCUGCAGGUGGACAGGGAACUGUGGCGGUCGUACUUUACGAGUAUGAGGCAACAGAAGAUAACGAGAUGGCUCUCGUCGAGGGCGAGAUAAUCGAACAGAUCGAGAUGGUGGAUGAGGGGUGGUGGAGUGGUGUCGGACAAGGAGGAGCGAAGAGCGGGUUGUUCCCUGCGAACUACGUCGAAAUCUUCGAGCAAGGAGAGGGUGCUGCUCCCGAACCGGCUUAUGAGCCUGAGCCCGAACCCGGACCCGAGCCUGAACCAGAGGCUGAAGCGCCUCCCCCUCCCACCCCCGCCCCCGCCCCCACCCCCUCCGCCUCCGCCUCCUCCUCCUCCUCUGCAGCAGCCCCCGUCGCUCCUCCCGCGCCCGAGCCACCCGCUGCUGCAGUAGACGAAGGCGUCGUCGCCAUUGCCAUAUACGACUACGAAGCCGCGGAGGAUAACGAAAUCUCGUUCCGUGAGGGGGAUAGAAUCACAGAGAUUGAGGCGGCGAGUGAUGACUGGUGGCAAGGGAAAGAUUCCAGGGGAGAAGUGGGUUUGUUCCCUGCAAAUUAUGUCGAGGUUGUGGAGUGAAUUGGGGGGUGAAGAACAUGCUGUGGGUUGAUGGAGGCGAAGAGCGAAGGAAUGGGAAGAGGGGAAAGUGAUGAAGGUGGGUGGAUGUUCGUGGUGGUCGUUUGGGUGAAUGGACGUUAAGGAAGAAUAACUGACUGGAAGUUCGUUAGUGAAGAUUAUAUGUAUGGAAUGUUACCAGUCUGGAAAUGAAAUACGUGUCGAGUUAUGGCUGGUCA